AAACUGAAUCCCAGAAUCGCGUGGGAUAGCAACCAACAACAGAUAUUUCAGCCAGACGCCAUUUUCACGAGACUGUAUUUGGGCAGCAGAGAACUUUUUUUCCCUAUUGGCUUACAGAAAUUAGUGAGUAAAAGUACAGCUAACAGUGCAGGAUGUUUUUGAAACUCUUAGUAAUGCUCUUCAUGUCCUUGUGUGCUAUAAAAGCUCAAAGAUCGACUCAGGAUGUAUUUAUGAUGGAAUAUUUUCAGAGGAGAAUCCUGGAGAUGGAGGAACGUCUUAUAAGUUGUAAUCAAGACCUCCAGAGCAUGAACCAGAGGAUGUACGACAUGUCCGCAGAGAUGCGUGGUCAGGUUCGAAGUGUGAAUGUGCUAAAGUCAGAGAUUGAAGGCUAUGUGGACAGCCUAGCCACACGGGUGGACCGAGUGGAAAGAGAUGUUGAGUACCUGCACACUAAACUUCCCGACACAUCUAGCGUAGAGAUCUCAGACUCUCUUCUAGAUCAACAAGUGAAAGAAGCCCAAAGCAAAAGGAAAGCUGUAAUCAUACAGGGAAAAGAGUGUAGCACCAGAUUCUCUGGCAUCAAAUCACAGAAAAUAGUCAAGAAAGCAGGCGAUGUAGUAGGCUCAUGGCUAAAAGACCCAACCGUAGACUCCUCUAAGAUCUACUUCUUUAGCGGCUCCAGGAACAACACUCUGCUUCAGUUUGGUUCGCUGAAAAGCUUCACAGACUCCAAUUCAACCACCAAACACAAGGUCAUCCAACUCCCUCGGCCAUGGCAGGGAACAGGCCAUGCUGUCUAUGAUGGUUUUGUCUACUAUCACAAUGCUGACACUCGAAACGAAGUGCUGAAGGUUAGCCUUGUCAACCGCACCGUGGCCGACCGCAUGCUUUUGCCCGCUGCUGGACGCAUACCCACCUAUGGGCUCGCCCCUCACACUUUCUUGGAUUUCGCUGUAGACGAGCUGGGAUUAUGGGUCAUCCAUGCAGAUCCGGACUUUGGAGGAAAUCUUGUGAUCACUAAGCUGGACUCCAGAAGUCUGUCGGUGGAGCACACAUGGGAUACGACCUGCAAGAGCCACAAUGCAGAAGGCGCCUUCAUAGUCUGCGGCACCAUGUAUGUCGUCUACAACUCGCACUCUGGAGGGCGCUCCAGCAUACAGUGCCUGUUUGAUAUCCAUGACAGCGUCUGGACCGAGGAAUUGCCUGUGAUGUACUUCCCCAAGCGCUACUCCAGUCACUCGAGCAUGCACUAUCACCCGCAAGACAAGCAGAUCUAUGCCUGGGAUGAUGGGUACCAAACCAUGUACCAGUUGGAUGUAAAGAAGAAGUUACAGGUCACCUAAUUUACAACAACACUGAUUAACUCUACCUAGUCAAUAUGUCUCAAUUUAAUCAUCACAUGCUCAGAAAAAUGAUACUGUACUAAACCUGAGUGAUACCAUCAAGGAGUGUUCAUGUGUACCUUUAGUACGUACGUUUCACCUGGGAAAGUGAAUGUUGCGUACCAUUAUAACCUGUUUAAAGUAUAUAAUAUUACAUUAAUGGCCACAGUUGUUGAAAUUAGUUCUAAAGAUGCACUAUAUUCACCUUCCUUUAUCUUCCUUUCACUUUCCUCUGAAAUAUACAUACUAAAGGUACAAAAGAUGCCCCCUUGAUGGUACAAUCCCACUGACAACCAAUGGUACAAUUCAGUGCCUUGUUUUCUAAGACUGCAUGGGCUCACAGAAAGUCUACAUUUUUGCUUUCUCACACUUUGCCAACACCAAUCCUCCAGUAGUAUGCAAUGAACUGAGAGAGAGCAAAAAAUGUGGAGUUUCUGGUACUCCCCAAAGAUUGGAUUUGGAAACAAUAUCUAAGUGAUAUUUGUAACACAUAGCCACAAUGCAAAACACAAGUUUUUCUGGGGCCCACUAGACAGUAUGAUGUACCAUUCCAGCAAUUCUGAAUGGAAAUUAUUAAGGCUAUAUCAGAUGUGUCAAGUGUUCCAUGAGUAGAAGUAAAUAACGAUGGGUUAAAUCAGGGGUGUCUAAUCUUCUCUGCAAAGGGUCAAUGUGUCUAAGGGUUUUCAUUCUAACCAAGCAAGAUUACACUGAAUACAACUCAUCAGGCAACUAAACACCAAGACCAGCUGAUUGAAUAAGUGCAAUCAGGUGUGCUCCUGCUUGAUUGGACUGAAGACCUGUAGAUUGGACUGUAACUCCUGAGUUGUAUCACUGUCGGAGAUCUACCUACAUUUAAGACUUCUUUCUUUGUCAUUCUGGGGAAUCACUUAAAGGUUAUAAGUAGAAUGUCCAAGUAGAAUAUGGGUUUAGCACCCUACUAUGUAGCAUAGCCACCCAUUUAGCCACCCCACGUCACCAAUUCCAUAUGAUGAUGAACAGAAUUAUUGGUAAAUCUUUGUCACAGGGUAGUUUGAAUAAUAAUAAUAGAACUCCCACUUCAAUGUCUUUGGGGAAUUUGAAAGUUCAUUUCAUUAACGAAGAGGAUUGGCAGUGGAGUGCAGGAAAAAUCAAGUUUAGCUAGCGAACACAGAAGCAUAUUAUUCCCUUGCACCACUGACCUUAACAAACAAACAGGUGACCAUACAUUUUCGAGAGCUCCCUGCCUAAAUAUCACAAACUCAGCCAGGCAUUUUCAGCAGUAGUAUCGCUAAAUAAUGAUGAACUUUCCUGUGGUCAUUUGGUUUCCUCAACCUCAGGACUCCAACUCCACAGUCACAAUCAAAAUCUCAAAGCAACAAACAUUCACUUCGAGGCGAGUUCAGAGUUGGAUGAUGACGUCAGCACCGCAGUCCACAACAUGAUUGGACAAUAAUUUAACACAUGUUGUGUCGGUCACUCGUGUGAUUUUUUCUUCUUCUUUUUUCAAAUUUUUUUUUUUACCACAUUUAUUGGAUAAUUUAACACAACAUGUAUUGAAAUACUAAUAACACAAAACGUGUGUAGGAUAUUAACACAUCAUUUCUGAGAGUGUAAGAGCCCUUAAUUGUCCACUGAACACUUAAAUAACAUUCAAGGAACCCUUUUUUCUAAGAGCAUGCCAAGGGAUUUUUACUAAGGGUUGGAACAGUAUUGAGCAACAUUCACAGUAUGAUAAUUGUUGUGGCUAAUUUACAUUAACGGGUUUUUCUCUGAGCUUGUUCCUUGUUUUUGUUUCUCAUUUGGCAGAGGAUUUUAUCCAAAGUGGCUUGCAUAAAACACAGAAUACAAUCCAAACAUUUGAGCUGAGCAGAUGAGGCUUAAGAACUGUGCUCAAUGCCCACACAAUGAAUCUGUGACAGGUUUGGGAUUUAAACUCAUAAUCUGUCCAGCACUAGUGCAGAAAUUUAACAGCCGAGCAAUCACCGCCCCCGUAUAUGCCAAAAAGCGCCAUAUUUAAGCAUCAUCAUACAAGCAAGAGUGCGGUUAUACCGAAUAUCAGCAUGGCUGUGCUUCGGCCGUUUGCAUGAGGUUGCGGGUAAUUACAGAUGCGCCGAUAUUCAGUAUAACAGCACGAUAGUGCAUUACUUUUAUACAACAGUUUUAUAAUUAAUUAAAUUAAUAUUGAGUAACCGGCAUUUCAGACACAAUUUGGCCAAAUUUUGUUUAUUCUUGCUCUGUGAAUGAAAAUAAAUUCCAAAGAAGCCACACUCAGUGAUAGCCCAUUGGCUAGCUGGCUAGCUAGCUCACAAUGAUUUGUAGAUUCCUGUUAAAAGUGUGUCUAGUGUAACUUGCUUCGCUUCUUCCUUUUUCUUCAUAUGACAAGCUUUCAUAUUUUAAUUAAGAAGUUAUCAUGACAAACGUAUAGUUUUCCAAGUCUGAUGAUGACUCUAGUACUGUAACUGUUUCAAUGGGUCUGUUGCUAGAAUUGGAAUUUUACAUAGUGAACACAGACAGUGUUAAUACAACAUUAAAUAAAAAACUUUUUAAAAACACAUUAAUACAAACAGUGAAACCUGCCAAAUAUAAACACUAUGUGAACGCCACUUAUCCAAUCAAAUUAGUGGACCAGAAAUAACUGUUGUUUAAGUAGAGUUUAUUGUAUUUGCUGCAAAUGGAAAUGAUACCUAAUGUCUACUAAAGAAAUUUAUUUGAUGAAUCAGUUGAAGCAGAUUAGGUCAGGAGAAAGUUCAGAAAAUUAGAGCCACAUGAGCAGAGUUUGUGACCAGUGGACUCAAUAAAUGGCUGAUAAGGUUGCACUAGGUGUGCCAAUGCAAAUAAAGCCUAUUUAGUCCUCCAGGACUGGAUUUCAAUACAGGGGACUAUACUCUAUCUACAUUUUAACCUGUUAGAGUGGAGUGGAGAUUUUCCUUUACCAAACAAUUAUUCAGAGCCUGUACUGCCCUCUUCUGUGUAGUCAUAGUCAUUACAAAAGAGGAAAAAUUCCAGACAUUAAAGAAACUUUAACUAUGUUAAGGCAGCAGUAUCAUUUGUAUUAUUUCAUAUAUAGAAAGGGCUCUGAUAGUGUGAUUAUAUUGAGACACUAGAUUAUAUAGUAUGAAUAAACAGCAUUUUGAAAAAAAAAAAUAUAUAUAUAUAUUGGUUGUUAUUAUUUGUCUACUGUGAUUAUUGAUGUCAUUCUCUCUCAUUACUAAACCCAUGCUUGAAUAAAUCUAGCAUAAAUCAGA